AUGGCUCCCAUCCCCAUAACAAUCAUAACCGGCUUCCUCGGGUCCGGCAAAACAACCCUCAUCCUCAACCUCAUCCCGCAGCUCCUCGCCAAAAACCCCUCCUACAAACUCGCCCUCCUCAAAAACGAAUUCGGCGACCUAGCAAUCGACUCGCAACUCGCCUCCUCCUCCUCCAUCUCCGGCGUCCAAGAGCUCCUCAACGGCUGUAUAUGCUGCAACCUCGUCGGCCAGCUCGGCCCCGCGCUGCAGCAGCUCCAACAGACCGUGUCGCCCGACCGCAUCGUCAUCGAGACGAGCGGCUCCGCCUUCCCCGCCACGCUGGCCCUCGAGGUGAACCGCCUGGCCAGAGAGACGGGCCAGUACCAGCUCGACGGGGUGGUGAGCGUGAUUGACGUCGAGAAUUGGCAGGGGUACGAGGACACGAGCUACACGGCGAGGAUUCAGGCGCGGUACACGGAUCUGAUUGUGUUUAAUAAGUGGGAGACGGCGGGGGAGGACCGGUACGAGCUGUGCGUGGAUAGGGUGGGCGAUUUGGAGGUUGAUGUGGCGAGGGUGAAGAGCGAUAAGGGGCGGGUGGAUGUGGAUUUGGUGUUUGGCGUGGAUGGCGGGCUGGCGAGGGAGUUGACGGAUGCUGAGGCUGGUGCUGGUGCGAAUGGACAUGAGCAUAAUGGUACGAACGGGCAGCAUAGUCACCAGAGUGAGGUGGAGGUGCUGUCUGUUGAGCUGGCGGCUGAGGGAGCGGUCUCGACGGCCAAGUUGCUGGCGUUUUUGGAGGCCGCGCCCAAGGAUGAGGUGUAUCGGAUAAAGGCCGUUGGGACGCUGUCAGGCACGCCAAGGAAUUCGGACGCCGACGUGCCGCAGCCGUUGGAGAGUGCGGGUGGUCGGUAUAUUCUCAACUGGGCGUUUGGUCGGUGGACGUUUACGCCGAUGGGAGAGCAGCAGGAGCAUGCGUCCAGUGGUGACGUGACGCUGAGGAUGACCAUGAUCUUGGCGCGGUCGGAGAGUAAUCGGUGGAAGAAGAAGUUGGAGGCUGGUGGGUAUCUGGAGGUGGAUGGUGUGAAUAAGGGGGAGUUGAGUGUCAAGAGAAUCUUAUAG